GCGGACCAAAGGGCGCAGCAGGCAGGCUGCAGACCAAGCCUGUUCAAGGCAACAUUGGUUUUUUUUUGUACGCGAUACGUUUAUUCGCUAGAUCGCAACCAUAUCGUCAUGUUCGGGUUUUCCAAGUCCCUUCUAAGUCCUCAUCAAGAGAGGAUUUUCAUUCUCAGCCAACGGCUUGGGGGAAACGAUGGACACUCUAAUACCAAAGCUGAAUAGAAUCCAGGUAACUCGUAGGCUUAUGGCGUUUGUGUUGGAGCACGACUCAAGUCAGCCGCAGCUUACAGGACCUUUGGUUGUGGAUCUGGUGUAAUGUGAUGGGUGUUUCGUCAGGAGAUGAAUCCUUUGCCAGUUCCCUAACCAACCUAACCUAAGAUAUCAUGUUCCAGGGUUUUGUGGCGCGUUGCCUAUUUAUUAGUCCCGAGUAGCCAUAUCGGUGAGGAUUUCCGAAGGUUUUGGUCUUUUUCCCAUUUUCUUUAAUAAGCCCUCCAUCUCUCUCCUGGUCGGUCAGUCAGUCUCUCGUAAUACUCGAUCGCCUAUUUUUGUAAUUGGUGUAAGACGAAAUCAGACAAAGACGGACGAAUUGGUUUUACGUUGUUUCUAUUAAAACUUAAAACUUUCCCGCAAACCACCCCGUUUGCGAAUACCACGGCAAUGGACCACCAAGAGAAAUACAUUCACGACGGACCUCAAUAUCCCCAAGGCAGCGAUCCUCAAUACCAAAUGCAGGCCCAGCCGCAACCUUAUCCCCCCGCGGGUAUGCACCAUCAAGCACCCCAGCAGUCGCAAGCGAUUCCCCGAGAAGCUUACGGCCAGCAAGGUGGUGAAUGGCAAGCGAGUCUAUGCGACUGCUCGCCGUGCUCUAGCUGUUUAUUAGCCUGGUGCUUACCAUGUCUUCUACUCGGACAAACAUCCGAGCGGAUUCGGGACCCUUCGAUGCAAACGGCCGACAUGAUGAACAGCGAUUGCAUGAUCCACGGUGCCAUCAGCUGCUUCACCGGCUGCGGAUGGAUCUACGCCAUGCUCAAGCGAACCGAAAUCCGUGAGCGCUACAACAUCGAGGGAAGCGGAUGCGGCGAUUGCUGCGUGUCCUUCUGGUGCCCGUGCUGCGCUCUCAUCCAGCAGGACAACGAAGUCAAGCUCCGCCAGAGCAAGGCGCAACCCAUCGCUCAAGCCUACCAGUCUCCUCAAGGCAUGCACAUGCCUGCCCCUGCUUACACGCCGCAGCACUAAUUUCUCGGCGCCGGGGACUUUCGUAUAUUGAUUUGGAGCCGGCGGCUCUGUUGAAAAUGUAUAAAUGAUUUCUGGGGGGUGGCUUAUAAGAAACCCUUUUUUAGCUAAGGGUGGUUGUAACCUGCUUCGACCUCUGUUGGACGUAGGUAUGAAUUUCUAGGUUGUGAACGAGGAUGGAUGCAUGUUCAUUUUUAUGACAACAUGUGCUAUUAGUGAAAGACACAGGUGGAGUGCAUUUGACGGAGAUAUACCCAGGAUGAAUUAUUAGGAGAAAGGAAUCGGAGAUAUCAGUCUAGAACGAGUUCAUAGGCGGAAUUCUGGUUAAAUAUAAGAAUAUUGUAUGGAUGCGAA